AUGGCAGGCACUAAUGAAAGCACUGCAAGUGCUUUUGGUUAUCAGAAUUUAAUCAUACCAGAAGUGGAUGGAGGGAGUAUAACAAAGUUAGUGGUAGCAAUACUGACUACUCUAUUUUCUGUGUAUGUAAAUUGCAUCAUGCUGUAUGCUCUUAUGAGUAAGCGCGUUUUUAAAGAAUCUCCACGCUACAUUCUCUUUGCCCAUAUGCUUUUUAAUGACUCUGUUCAUCUCAUUCUCACAUCUCUGAUGUAUGUCCUGGCCCUGGUCUUCCUCAAGCUGGCUAAAGCUGUAUGUUCCCUCAUCAUGUUUAUAUCUACUACAACAUUUCUCAAUGCACCUUUAAACCUGGCUGUGAUGUCACUGGAGCGUUAUGUGGCCAUAUGCUUUCCUCUAAGACACGCAGAAAUAGCCACUCAGAAAAGGACUUACAUUGCUAUUUGCUUUGUUUGGUUAUUUGGCUCUGCAAAUAUUUUGACUGACAUCAUUUUUGCAGCAGUGAUGGAUCCUAACUUCUUCUACAUGCAGAUGUAUUGCUUUCGUGAUCAAAUCUUCAUAAAACCAUGGCAGCUUGAUUUAUACAAUGGAUGCAAUGUGUUUUACUUUGUGUCUGUAACGGCCAUCAUCAUCUUCACCUACAUCAGCAUUAUGAUCACAGCCAGGUCCAUGUCCUCCAAUAAAGACUCUGCUAAGAAAGCCCACAGGACUGUGCUGCUGCACCUCAUUCAGCUGGGCCUGUGUCUCACCUCCUUUGUAUACGGCUCUAUAGAGAGAGCACUUUAUUUGAUGGCUGGAAGUGAUACGGCUCUCUUUAAACACCUGAGAUAUCUUAAUUUUCUCAUUGUUCUGAUUGUGCCACGCUGCCUGAGCCCUCUCAUCUAUGGGCUUAGAGAUGAUGCUGUAAGACCUUUAUUCAAAUAUUAUUUCUGCUAUGGCUCUACCAAAGCAGGCUACAAGAGAAAACCUGUAACAACAAGUAACAGAAAGUAA